AUGCUCAUGUCUCGUCUUAACGAAUAUCAAGUUAUUGGUCGUCGUUUACCAACUGAAGCGGUUCCAGAACCAAAAUUAUACCGUAUGAGAAUCUUUGCUCCAAAUGAAGUUGUUGCUAAAUCUCGUUACUGGUAUUUCUUACAAAAAUUACACAAAGUUAAAAGAGCUUCAGGUGAAAUUGUUUCAGUUAACACCAUUUCUGAAACCCACCCAACUAAAGUUAAAAACUUUGGUAUCUGGAUUCGUUAUGAAUCAAGAUCAGGUAUUCACAACUUGUACAAAGAAUUCAGAGAUGUUACCAGAGUUGGUGCCGUUGAAACUAUGUACCAAGAUUUAGCUGCUCGUCACAGAGCUAGAUUUAGAUCAAUCCACAUUUUAAAGGUUGUUGAAUUAGAAAAAACUGAUGAUGUUAAACGUCAAUACGUCAAACAAUUCUUGAGCAAAGAUUUACAAUUCCCAUUACCUCACCGUAUUCCAAAAUCUGCUAAUGUUUUUGCUCCAAAACGUCCAUCAACUUACUAUUAG